CAUCACAACUCAUACCUCUUUCUUGCCCUGUUGUUCUUUGAUUCUUGCUUUUGUUUCGCAAGAAGAUUAUUAUCCUUCUUCUUUCAUCAUAUAUAUAUAUAUAUACACACACAUUAUUCUUGUUCUUAGCUGUUCUGAUUUCAUGUCUGCUAUUCUCGAUAAAGUAGACACAAUCGGCAUUGAGCAUUUGCUUGAUUCCCUUGUCUUACUCAACAAACGCAACAAAAAAUGGCAUUUGGCUUUCGCUGCCAUCUAUUGCUCAAGAACUCUGUUAUCUCUCACCAGGAACAAGGUUCCGACCAUUCCUUCUCAUGUCACUCUCACAAUUCCCCACGAAAACAAUCGCUUCAGAAUUGAUGAGACCACUCUCACGGAACCUGUGCAGGAGAAAAAUCUUAGAGAGCUUCAAAAAGUUCCCCCUCAUGUUGCACUCACAAUUCCGGUGGAGGAAACUGCAUUUUUCAAAAUUGACAAGACCACUCUCAGCGGCCUUGUCAAGGAGAAAAAUCUAGGAGAGCUUCAAAAACUUGGCGGUAUUAACGGAGUAGCUUCUUCUCUGGAAACCAGCCUGGAUGGUGGAAUCAGUGGCAUUGAUGACGAUGUUCUCCGGCGACAGAAAGCAUUUGGCUUCAACACAUACAAUAAACUGAGUUUCCACCCUUUUGUUGUGAAAGCUUUCAGAGAUCUCACUGUUUUGAUCCUCCUCGGCUGCGCAGCACUUUCCCUUGGGUUCGGCGCCAUCAAGCGGGAUGGCCUGAGAGAAGGGUGGCUCGAGGGUGCAAGCAUAUUGGUUGCCGCUUUUUUAUUCAUCUCCACCUCUGCCAUCAUCAAUUACAGAGGGACCAGGCAGUUCGAGGAAAUGUCACCAAUUAGGAACAAUAUUGAAAUUGAUGUAAUGAGAGGCGGCCAACGGAGAAGGGUUCAAAUUGUUGAUUUAGUCGUUGGGGACAUUGUUUGCCUGAAGAUCGGUGACAAAGUUCCAGCAGAUGGUUUGUUUGUUCCUGGAUAUUCUCUGCAGGUAGUGGAAUCAAGCAUUACAGGGGGAGACGAUCAUGAUGACGAGAAUAUAAGGCAAAAUCCAUUCAUGGUAUCGGGUACUAAGGUGGCCAAUGCAGAUGCUCGGAUGCUCGUCACUUCCGUUGGAAUGAACACCACCUGGAGGCAAAUGAUGAACAAAAAAUCUAAUGAUAACGAGCAGACGCCACUGCAAAUGAAAGUGAAGAAGCUAGCGCGGUCCAUGCGUAAGAUUCUUGAAAUCAUUGUUGUACUACUUCUCGUUGUCAAUUACUUCACCAACGAUGCAAUUGACAAGAAUGAUAACAAAGAAGACAGCCACAAGAAAAAUGUGUACAAUAUUGUUGCUUCCGCAGUUAUUAUUAUCAAUGCUGUGGUCCCAGCAAGCCUACCCUUGAUUGUUAACCUCAUUCUAGCAAAAGCCAAGGAGAGAAUGAAGAUUGUGGCCUCUGCUUUCGAUACUGUGGGUUCUGUCAGCAUCAUUGUUACCAACAAAACCGGUACUCUCACGCUUAACCAGAUGAAGGUGAAGGAGUCUUGGAUUGGACAUGAGUCCAUGGACAGAGUUGAUUCUGCUGGUUCUUCUUUGAUUUCUGGCUCGAUCCAUCAAGGAGUUGCUCUAAACACUACCGGUGGUAUUUAUAGAGGUACUUCGAGGUCUGAAUUUGAAUUCUCAAGCAGUCCAACUGAAAAGGCAAUUCUUUCUUGGGCUUUGCCAGUGAUGAAGAUGGUGAUGGAUAUGGAGUUGUUGAAGCAGAAUUUUUCAAUUUUAUUUGCAGAAGCUUUCAAUUCCAAUAAGAAACUAAGCGGCGUUCUGGUAAAGAAGAAAGAAGACAACACAGUUCAUGUUCAUUGGAAAGGAGCAGCAGAGCUGAUACUAGCAAUGUGCUUAAGCUAUUACGAUGCCUCUGGAACUAUUAAACAUCUUAACGGAGAAGAAAGGAUGAAAUUCAAGAAAAUUAUUCAGGGAAUGGCGAAAAGAAGUCUCCAGUGCAUUGCUUUGGCCCACAAACGGGUUACUGAAGAAGCAGCCAAAGAAGAUUUAAAAGAGAAGAGAAGUUUAGAAGAAGAAAAUUUGAUCCUGUUACUGUUAGCAUUGUUGGGCAUUGAGGACCCAUGCCAGCCUUGGGUGAGGGACACCGUGGAAGAAUGCCGACAGAAUACCGGUGUGAACAUCAAAAUGAUCACAAGUGGCAACGUCUUAACUGCAAAAGCUAUAGCCAUUGAGUGUGGGAUUCUCCGUUCGGAUAACGAACUGGAAAGUAGAGCUGUCAUGGAAGCCGAUCAAUUCAGGAAAUACACAUCAGAGCAGAGGAAGGAGAUAAUCGAUAAAAUCUGCGUCGUGGCAGGAGCGUCUCCUAGUGACAAACGUCUCUUGUUGCAAAGCCUGAAAGAUAAAGGACAUGUAGUCGCAGUCGCUGGUAUAAACGAUUCUGAGGUACGCGAUGUUGUCAUCUUGGAUGAUAAUUUUAAAAAUUUGGCCAUGGAUUUGAGUCAUCAAAAUCGUGGCUGCGAUUCUUCUUGCAAAGUUCCUUUAAAGACUGUCCAGUUGUUGUGGGUGAACUUGAUCACAAGCCCAUUGGGUGCUCUGGCUCUAGGUGCAGAGGAGCCCACGGCGGGGCCGAUGGAGAAGCAACCGGUUGGCCAAGAGCCACUGAUUACCAACAUCAUGUGGAGAAACCUCCUAGCCCAAGCUUUUUACCAGAUAGUAGUGCUCCUAACGCUGCACUACAGAGGGAAAUCAAUCUUCAACGUGACAGAGGCCGUAAAGGACACCUUGAUUUUCAACACGUUUGUGCUCUGCCAAGUUUUCAAUGAAUUCAAGGCUAGAAAGCUCAAGAGGAAGAACAUAUUCGAGGGCAUUGAAAAGAACACAAGGUUUUUGGUAAUUGCUGGGAUAACAAUUUUUCUCCAGGUGGUCACGGUGGAGUUUUUGAAGUGGUUAGCCAACACAGAGAGAUUGAAUUGGGAACAAUGGGGUGCCUGCCUCGCCAUAGCUGCUGUCUCUUGGCCCCUUGGCUGUAUUGUCAAGUGCAUACCAGUGCCAGAGAGACCUAUUUUUAGCUAUCUCUGCGAACACAUAUAAGACUUCAAAAAUUCAUUAAUUCUUUAAAUUUCUGCCCGCGUAUGUCUGUAAUUCUAUUCAAUUUCCCUCCAUUCUUCAUGAAUAUAGACGGCAUGGGAAACAUUUCUUACAUGUAUAAAAUAACCUGGUUUUUUCAAUAUAGGAAACAUUUCACC